GUGUUGGCCCCGACCGUGACCGGUUUCCGGCUGGUGGUUCUGCACCGGCCCCCAGUAGACGUGUAACGGAAGGUGGGCCGCAGCCAUGGCUGAGAGGAAACCUAACGGUGGUGGAGGCGCCGCUUCCACCUCCUCGUCGGGCACUAACUUACUUUUCUCCUCCUCGGCCACGGAGUUCAGCUUCAACGUGCCCUUUAUCCCAGUCACCCAGGCUGCCGCUGCCUCGGCCUCCCUGCUCUUGCCUGGAGAGGAUUCCACAGAUGUGGGUGAGGAGGACAGCUUCCUUGGUCAGACUUCUGCUCACACGUCUACCCCACAGACAUUUAGUUACUUCUCUCAGGUAUCAAGCAGUAGUGAUCCUUUUGGGAAUAUUGGACAGUCACCGUUAACAACUGCAGCAACAUCGGCUGGACAAUCAGCAUUCUCCAAGCCCCCAGCUGCUCUCCCUUUUACAACCGGAUCCCAAGAUAUGUCGAAUGCAUUUUCACCAUCCAUUUCGAAGGCUCAAUAUGGUGCUCCAGCUGCUUCACAAAUGGGAAUAAAUACUUAUCUGCCUUCUCAGCCUAGUAGUCUCCCUCCUUCAAAUUUUGGGAGCCCACCCCAAGGAACGCCCCAACAAGGAUACAAUCCAUAUCGCCACACAGCUGUAAGCAGCAGGGCUAAUCCUUAUAUUGCACCACCACAGCUGCAGCAGUGCCAGACACCGGCCCAUCCUACCCAUCCCCCGCCCUCUGGACCCCCUGUUCAGAUGUACCAGACGCCUCCAGGAUCUUUGCCAUCGAUCCCUCCUUCAGUGCAGCCAGGGUUGUCCCCUCCAACCCAGCAGCAGGCAGCUGCUAGACCUGCAGGUCCCUCUGUGCAAGCGUCAUCUCCUUUUCUACUUCAAAACCAAUAUGAACCUGUCCAACCCCACUGGUUUUACUGCAAGGAGAUAGAAUACAGACAACUAUGGAUGCCUUUCAGUGUGUUUGACUCUUUGAAUCUUGAAGAAAUCUAUAACUCAGUCCAGCCAGACCCUGAGAGUGUGGUUCUAGGCACUGAUGGAGGGCGCUACGACGUUUACCUCUAUGACCGGGUGAGGAAAGCCGUGUACUGGGAAGAGGAGCCAGCUGAAGUGAGACGCUGUGCUUGGUUUUACAAAGGGGACACAGACAGCAGAUUUAUUCCCUAUACAGAGGAGUUCAGUGAAAAACUGGAGGCUGAAUAUAAAAAAGCUGUAACCACGAAUCAGUGGCACCGCAGAUUAGAGUUUCCGAGUGGGGAGACAAUUGUUAUGCACAAUCCAAAGGUUAUUGUUCAGUUCCAGCCCUCAUCAGUGCCAGAUGAAUGGGGGACCACGCAAGAUGGACAGACAAGGCCCAGGGUUGUAAAGCGUGGAGUUGAUGAUAACCUUGAUGAAAUUCCUGAUGGGGAAAUGCCUCAGGUUGACCAUUUGGUGUUCAUAGUGCAUGGCAUUGGACCUGUGUGUGACUUGCGCUUUAGAAGCAUUAUUGAAUGUGUGGAUGAUUUUAGGGUGGUUUCUCUCAAAUUGCUGCAGACACAUUUCAAGAAAUCUUUAGAUGAUCGGAAAGUAAGCAGAGUGGAAUUCCUUCCGGUUCAUUGGCAUAGUUCCUUGGGUGGGGAUGCCACAGGUGUUGACAGGAACAUUAAGAAAAUCACUUUACCAAGUAUUGGUCGGUUUCGUCACUUUACUAAUGAAACCUUGCUAGACAUUUUAUUUUACAAUAGCCCCAUCUACUGUCAGAGGAUUGUGGAGAAAGUGGGAUUGGAGAUGAACCGUCUGUAUGCACUCUUCAUGAGUCGGAACCCAGACUUCAAAGGAGGGGUCUCUGUUGCUGGUCACAGUUUAGGUUCUUUAAUAUUGUUUGACAUCCUGUCUAAUCAAAAAGAUUUGAAUUUAUCAAAGUCUCCUGGGCCUUUAGCUGUUGCUAAUGGAGUUGUGAAGCAGCCGCAUUUUCAGGAAAAGCAGAUACCUGAAGAGCCAAAGCUGACGUUGGAUGAGUCUUGUGACCUUGAUGUUGAAAAUGAAGAAGUCCUGACUUUGCAAGAAACUCUGGAAGCACUUAGCCUCUCUGAAUACGUUAGCACUUUUGAAAAGGAAAAGAUUGAUAUGGAAUCUCUGCUUAUGUGUACAGUGGAUGACCUGAAGGAAAUGGGGAUACCCCUUGGACCCAGGAAGAAGAUAGCUAACUUCGUAAAACAUAAAGCAGUCAAACUGGAACAGAAAAAAGCAUCAGAAAAGAAGGCAGUGAUAGCUGCUUCGACAAAAGGACAAGAGGAAAGUGCUCAGAAAGCUAAAGAAAUGGCUUCUUCUCCCUCAGAAUCUGAGUCCAAGAGGAAACUCCCACUCGGAGUUUACGUUUCUUCUGUGCACGUUGAUUAUGAGUCUUUUGAAGUUGGCACUGGACAGGUUUCUGUUGUUUACAACUCCUUAGACUUUGAACCAGAGAUUUUCUUUGCCUUGGGAUCUCCAAUUGGUAUGUUUCUCACUAUUCGAGGAGUGGACAGGAUAGAUGAGAACUACAGGCUUCCUACCUGCAAAGGAUUCUUCAAUAUUUAUCACCCACUUGAUCCAGUGGCAUAUAGAUUAGAACCUAUGAUUGUACCAGAUUUGGACCUAAAAGCAGUUCUCAUUCCACAUCACAAAGGCAGAAAAAGACUUCAUUUAGAGUUGAAAGAAAGUCUCUCUCGUAUGGGAUCUGAUUUGAAGCAGGGUUUCAUUAGCUCUCUGAAAAGUGCUUGGCAGACAUUAAAUGAGUUUGCCCGUGCUCAUACCUCUUCAACUCAGCUGCAAGAAGAAUUGGAGAAGGUAGCCAAUCAAAUCAAAGAAGAAGAAGAAAAGCAAGUAGUUGAAGCAGAAAAGACUGUUGAAAGUCCAGAUUUUUCCAAGGAUGAGGACUACUUAGGAAAGGUUGGAAUGUUAAACGGAGGCCGCCGAAUUGACUAUGUUCUUCAAGAAAAGCCAAUAGAGAGUUUUAAUGAAUAUCUUUUCGCUCUUCAGAGUCACUUAUGCUAUUGGGAAUCUGAAGAUACUGCCCUGUUAUUACUUAAAGAAAUUUAUCGAACAAUGAGCAUUAGUCCAGAACAGCCCCAGCAUUGAUUGGACUUCAGCUUCACCGUACAUUCUUGUCUUUACAGAAAGUUGCAGUAUAAAUUACAUUGCUGAGAAAAUCCUCAGAGGACAUCCCCAGUCUGCUCCUGUGAUGGAUGACAGAAAUGUGAUUCACCGACAGUUACUCUGCUGUAAUUCUCAGAUGUAGGGCUUCAUUUAAAAGAAAACAUACAGAACAAAAAGACAAUGAAAUAAAUCAGUACCACAUUUGGACUGUAUAGAUGUGAAAAAGAAAUUAUUAAAAUGAUGCAGUUAAAAACUCCUCAGAUCAGUUUAGUUGUACAGUUGUCAAAGUAAUAUGUGAUAUAAAUGAAGAAAUAUUUGUAGCAUGCAGACGGUUGUUUCUGUUUCUUAAAAAACUAUUGUCAGUGGGCUAUUCAACUUGCUUUUUUUUUUUAUUAAUGUAGUAUGGUCUAUGGACUUCUUGAGAAACUAUAAUAAUACAGUUUUUUAAAAACUUAUGUUCUACUUUAAAUGUGAAUUAUAGUUCUGAGCUGCUUUAAUGCGGGGUCAUUUGUAUCUGUUAGCGGAAGUAACCAAGAUCACUUCUAUUCCAAGCUGAACUGUGGUCUUUAAGAAGCCUUCCAGGCUGUUGCUGAGAGCAGAGCUGUGGAAGGAAGUGAGAUGCUCCACACUUCACAGAAGUCUUGUGAAGUGCUCGCCCAGCUUCAUUGCCACCAGCAGUGGGGAGCAAACGAGAAGUUUUUCCAUUUUGUCAUCUAAGGUAGCUGUGCAGUUGCCUCAUUGCUAAAGUUCCAAUCAAUAUGAGAACCACAGUAGAAUUUUUUUGGAUUUUGGGUUUUUUGCUUUGUAUUAAUUUCACUUCUACCAAAGUAUUUGAAAGUAUGAACUGUAUUGGCUUUUAGACUAUAACUCUAUUUCAUGAAAAGACUGUUCUGUGAUAUUUUACUUUGUUUUACUGUAACUUCAAAUUAUCUAAAUAUUUUCCUAAUACUACGUGGGAAUGCUGAUUUUCUUUUGUUAUGCAGUAGGAACAUUUUACACUGUUUACAUAGUUCUCAUGGAACAUAGAAUUUUUUGAAAGCCACAUAUGAUACACAUUUUUUGUGUAUAUAUUCUAGUUAGUGUGAAUAAAACAGUAACAUCAAUGCAUUUUUUUAAAGCAGAAAACGUCUGUAUUCUUCUUGUCUUCCUUAAAAGUAUUCCUAUGAGUUCAGUGGUCAUUUACUUUUCAUUGUGAACACCUGCUCUGUAGUUAAUACAUAACUGUAGCAUUUGCUCCUAAUAAUUAGGACAGUAGAGUUUUUGAGCUGCAGGUGACCCCAGACAGCAUAUAUUCCAACCACCUCAUUAUGCAGCCGAGGACACAGCACUAAAUGCCUUUCUCAGGCUGCUGGGUGGCAGAUCUGGGCUAGGAUACAGUUUCACUGACUCCCUUUUGGCCUUCAUUUCUCUACACCAGUGCUAUUACCUCUCACUUAAUUUCCUCUUAACUUCCCCAAACUGAUGAAAUAAAGAAAAAUAAGGGUUAUUUAUGUAUAUUUUAAUAAAAUCCAGUUUGAUUUUUCAACUUACAACUGGUUUUGUCUGUAUUAUUCAGCCUGUAUCCUCUGAAUAUUGGGCAGAGAGGAAGAAACACUUGAACCAGUGUCCAUAGUAGAAAUGUGUACCAGCUCAGUUUUAGGAAUCUUGUGAUUUUAACACUUGGGAAAAUAUAGAAUAGAAUUUUAGAGGGUAACUCUGCUGUGGACAG